AUGUCAGACAUAGUCGACAUUCUUGAUUCGACCAGUAACAAUGAUCCAAUUAAUUUAAAUGUCGAUGAUGAUUCCGAUGAAAAUAGUGAAACACCCUUUCAACGUCUUCUACACCUUCAUACUUCAAAUUCAAAUUACAACGAUAGAAAAAAUGCUGUUAAAUAUAUCUUAGACGCACUUCGUCUGGUUAAUGAUGUAGAAAGUCUAUACCAAAUCUUAUCAUGUACGAAAAAGUUAGCGGACGAUAUUGUGACACAAGUUCAAAUCGAUACAUUAGAAAAAUUUGUGUUAAUUAUUGAAUAUUUAAUAUCUAACGUUGAAAAUGCUGAUUUAUUAAUAAAAGAAUAUUUAUUUCAAUCAAUAAUCCAAACAGUCGGACAUGGAAACAAUCGAAUACGCAAAGCAAGUCAAUCAGCAUUAAUUCGUUUGUUUGAAUUAGAACAAAUCAAAGCAGAUGAAAUUGAAAAUGACAUUAUUCCUGCUUUGUGUCAAUUAGAAAAAGCUUGUGAUGAUUUUAAAAACGAAUCAAUUCUUGUAAGUAGACAUUUCUAG